GUGUUUAGAUUUAUAAAUAUAUAAUAUAUCGCUUUUUAGAAGUAAAACGAAAGACAUAAAAAAUAAAGAUAAUUCUAACCCGUUAUACAUUUAAAUCUUUCAAAGUAAGACACUAUGAAGACGCUUUAUGAAUGCAUGUAGCUAUCAGUUUACAGGGACGUGUGUGACCGGGGAGGGGCGAAAGUUGAGUAAACAGUCAGCCCGACUCGACUCCAGCGAGCGGGGUGCUUGUGCUACACGUGGAGGGAAUUUAAGAUUACUGAUUGUGUACAUUUAUUUUUCGCCAUGCAGAUCUGCAGUGUUUGUAACGAAGGGCUGCCGAAAUAUCGCUGCCCGGGCUGUUUGAUCAGAUAUUGCUCGCUGAAUUGCUACAAGAAACAUAAAGAUGAGUGUAUACCAAAGAAAGACAAUGAGAAAAAGACUGAACAAUCAGAAUUGUCCCCCACACUACGGGAAAUGAGACAAGCGGAGAGUACAGAAAGCAGGUGGUCUGUUGAAGAUCUCCUUGAAGAAGAUGAAGAAUCAGACAGAGUUCCUUUGCAGCAGCUCGCCCGUUUAGGUGAAUGUGAAGCUGUGAAAGCCCUGCUCUAUAAUCCUCAUCUCAGACAGUUAUUGCGAACAGUAGACAAAGCCGAGGGUAAAGAAAGCAUCAUGAAGGAAGCCAUGCAGGAGCCUCUGUUUGUGGAGUUUGCAGAUCAGUGUCUGAGAGUCAUUGAGCCUCCAGAAAAAAAAACUGCCAUUCCCACCGACCAACUCACGUGCUAAUUCUUCAUUUUCUUUUGUAUAUUUAAAACAAAUUAAAAAAAUACAACAAAA